AUGCGUUUUAAACACUGGGUCUGGGUGCUUCCAGCCCUUAGAGCGGGUGUGAAAGCGGUACAAUGCGCCGCACCUCCCCUCAACCUCCCGCUCCGCACCAUCUCAGUCGCCCCUGGAACAUUCUCUCAUGGCAUACCCAUCUCCAUAGGCAUACCACCACAACAGCUCGUCCUUACUCCUUCGCUCUCACUCGACACGCCAUUCAUCCCGCGCUACACAGAUUCCUGCAUAUACGCCGCCGACGCAUCGAGGCCUGCAAACGCCACGAGAUGGAAUGGCCGAGACGGAAAGAUAGUGUGUGCCGGCAUAUAUGGAGGAGGCUUCGUGCCCACUUUGUCGACGAGUUUCUUUGAUAAUGGGACGAACAGCCCCGUCAGCGAGGCGUGGUUCAAGAGAGCAAGGUUCUCGGACUGGCAUUUCAUGACUGAUAAGUUUGUGUUUGCGGAUUAUCUGGAGGCGUAUGUGCAGCAGAACGCGGCACUACCUGAGAAGCGGAAUUUAACGACCUCGUUCAUUUUGCCGGAUGAGGGUGCGACGUUCGGUGGUUUGAGUAGCUCGGUACUGAGUCUGACGCCGGGUUCGAGGCUGCUGGAGGCGCUGUAUAGUGAGGGCAUGGUGCCUAGUAAGAGUUGGAGCUUGUCAAACGACAGCUUGUGUUUGGGCUGUGUGGAUGAAAAUGCGUAUACUGGAGAGUUUCAGAACUUCAAGCUUGCGGAUCGCGACAAAGAUGGCGGGCUGCCAUGUCUGUUGCAGGCGAAGGUUGAGACGCUCGACUACUAUUCUGACGGUAGCAGUGCGGGAGUGGCACUGCUCGAUGACGCGUUUGUUGCCUGUAUCGAUCCGGGCGUGAUGUCCUUGGUUCUUCCAACGGAUGCAUACACAAAACUGCCUGAGGUAGUUGGUGCAGACGUCAAAGCGGCUUUUGAAUGGUCUGCCACCUCUGCAGGCCUCCCGAAGAACAGCAGCAGCUUCCUGAGGUUCAAGCUUACGGGCGACCUGGAAGUGGACGUUAUGCUACCAAGGGCUGGAGUGGAAGAUGUGAAAGACCCGAGCGGACAGCCGCUUGGAAUCGAGACUGGUAGCUGGGGUGCAUACGGCCAAGGCGUGCCAGUACUGGGCAAAUUGUUCACCGCUUCGAUUGUUCUGCGAUGGGACGAGGUAACGCAGGAGUAUGGUGCGGCGAGAAGAAAUCCCAAAGCAAGCGAGAAGAGUGACCUGGAGCCAUUAGGUUGUGACAGCUUCCUUUCGCUGGGUAAAUAUGUGGAAACCACACCUAGUGUGGGCGUCAUCCUGCAGUCUUCUUCUAUUCGAGAGGGCAGAGGGGCGUAA